UAAUAAAAAUUCCAAAAAAUGACUUCAAUUGUGGGGCAUACACUGCAUCUAGAGCCCGGAGAGGCUUUGCCAUACUGGGCCAAAUUUGACUGGUGUCCCGAAAUAGAACAUGAUAUCUAUAGAGACUGGGGCACAUAUUACUUCAAUCGGCGCAGAGAGAACUUUGCCAUGCACUAUUAUACCAAGGCAUUGGAAUUGGAUGAUUGUGAUUAUAUAACCCUCUAUCGUCGCAGUCAGACCCAACGAAGAGCUGCACGGAUCGAAGGAGCACUGAACGAUGCCAGUAAAGCUGCUAAAAUGGCUUUGCAGAAACAUGGACCCAAUUGUCCCAUCAAUCUGCAAAUAUGCGAUGCACUUUUCGAGCUCAAUCAGUUUGAGAACGCCAAUAUAGAAUUGCAUAACAAUAUUAGAAAUUUUAUUGGUGUCAAAUCCAAAUCUUUUGAAACGCGUCUCAUUGUGGUGGAUGAUGUCAUCAAGGAUGUAACUGGCAAAGCCAUGUCCUUGUUCUAUUUACGAAACCAAAAGUUGAUACGUCACGUUAAUGAAAUCACCAAAGCUAAAGCAAUUGUAGAUAAUCGUAUCUUAUGGAAGAAAUUAAGGGAUCAGGGAAAAUGCGAUGUAGUCAGCAUACUGGAAACAGAGGAGGAAGUCCUGUCUCCUAUAGAAAUAGCCCGCAGGAAGCGAGCAUUCAAUGUACUACAUCAGACUUACAUGAAUGAUUCCUGGUAUGAUAUUCUUUUCAUGAAGAACUUGAGAAAGAAUCCAAGUUUGCUAUUAAAUCAAUGCAAACGAUCAAAAAACUUUCUGCAAACUCUAUCGAGUAAGCAAUAUGAUAUCGUCAGACAGUUUAUGAAAAUGCUACAAUCUCGCAAUCCUCUUUACUAUGUCAGUUUCUUGAAGUAUCCAAACAAAAAAAUGCUUGAGAAGAAUAAAGAAGCAAAUCUAUUCCGUGUACAGUACCAAACCUAUAGGAAUAUGACCGCUGAUCUCAAAUAUAUGCGUCAACUGCGUAAAGAAAAGAGAAUCAAGACUCUUGGCGAUUAUGUUGAGAAAGUCAUGGGCGAUUAUUAUGUGAUAAAGAGAACUCGUGUCAUGUGCUGGAAAUUUGAAUUCAUAAAUGAGGUUUACAAUAUCCUCGCUCUGGCACUUACCGAGCAAUAUAUUGUACCCAGAAAUUUUAAAUUUAAUGCGACUGCAAUGAUGCGAUUACUGCAUUUGCCAAGGGAUAAAAAAGAGGAUAUAGUUUCAUAUGUAUUUGGAGAUCGUUCCACCUACCAAGAAGGAGAUGAUCAAGAUCUUGAAGGAAAAAAAUCGAGAAAACUUAUUACUCGCAUUGAGAGACGGAUUCGUUUUGCAAAGUAUCCUAUCGAAAUGUGUUAUCUUUAUAAUCAGAUGGCUUCAAUUCAUCUGAGUCAACUGCACUAUGACGAGUGCUGUUUUAAUGCUCGCAGAGCUAUAAAGGAAAGUCACAAGUGCAAUAGCGUGAUCUGGCAUUUUCUGAGUCUUAUACAAAUCAUCAAAGCGAAUGUCACACAGCAUAAAGUGGAGCGCACUAAAGAAGCUUUGGAUGAGGCUCUUCCCCUUGCAAAGCAGCUUAGAUCUGUAAAGCUUAUCAAGUUUAUAGAGACGUGUAUCUUCAAUACUGAGGAUGACUAUAAUAGAAAGCUCAGUUCCAUAGCCAGUCAAAGGUCUAGCCGGGCAUCGGUAACAACUACAAUGAUGCGAGAGGAACUAGAAGAUAAGUUGAUUGGCAUUUAAAAAUAAAUUGUAAGGUCUUUAUGUAGACGUAAACAAUAAU